CACACCGAGCCUAUUGUGAGGUACAUUAUUGGCCCACACCGUCGACACCGAGCCUAUUGACCGAGCCUAGCCUGACCAAAACUAUGGUUCACACUCUCUGUGUGAAGUGUGAACCUAUUGCAUAUUGUGGGUACAUGUGCUCCCGAGCUUGCCUCUGCAGCAAAGAUGAUGAUGAUGGCCUUGUACUCGUUCGAGGAAAAGAGCUCUAUUCUGGAAGCUAUGGUGGUCGGUCAACAGUGUUCUUGCUGUUCACAACUCUCUUGCUCUGCUGAUUUUGGGGGUCUCUCUCUCUCUCUCUCCUUUUUUCUUUGUCUGAAUGAACUUGUGUGUUUGGAAUCUGGGAUUCCGCGGCUACUAUUGUUAUGGUGUUUCAAGUUGUGAAAAUUGCUUUUACGAUAAGUUCAAGGGAUGUGGUCGGUCGUUCGUUCGUUUGAAUUAGGGUGGGAAGAGAAGGGCUUGCUUUUAAGUAUGGAAGCGUGGGCUACACGCCCUUCCUGUUUAGCUUUUAAGUAUGGAAGCGUGGGCUACACGCCCUUCUAUGCUAAUUGGAGACAUGCAUUUUGUCUUCUUUGCUUCUGGGACAGCAACUUGUUUUAUCUUAUAUAUGAAAUUCUUGAGCCCUAGUCUUGUGGUUUAUGUUAACCAAGUCUUGAUGUUAUUAAAAUGUACAGACCUUGUUUGCAUUAAUAAUGGCACAUGUAUCUUCGUUUCAAAUCUUCUUUUUCUCUAUGUUCUAUUGACAUAAUAAAUUUGGAAGGCUGUCUUGUCAAGAUAGGGUCUCCGGCCAUUGGAUAUAAGAAAAUGGAAAGCACUUGCUGCUUAAUCUAAUGAUAUAUCUGUCACUUCUAAUGUUGGUUCGUUCAGACUGGAUCCCUGAUGAAUCAUGUCAAAGUGUCACCAAAAUUGACUCCAGUUACUGCAAGUUUUCCUUUUGAAGACCUUUUCAUAUUGGAAAAGCCUGGUCCAGAAAACAACGAUGCCAGCGAUACAGAUGAUUACAAUGAUGAGUAUUGUGAUGAUGAUGUGCCUGAGGAGGAAUACGACGCAAUGGAUGAGGACUUUCCAGUGAAACAAGGGGAAGACGGGGAUCCUGAGGAUCACCCUGAAGCUAAUGGUGAUGGAGGAGGUGAUGAUGAGGAUGGGGAUGGCAACAACGAUGAUGAUGAUGAUAAUGAGGAUGCAAAGAAUGAAGAAGAGGAAGAAGCAGAGAAUGAAGACGAGGAAGAAGCAGAGAAUGAACAAGAGGAAGAAGCAGAAAACCAGCUCUGAACCCUUGAUCUACUCUUAUCCAGGGUCUCCUGUUUGCAUGAAGAGAUGGGAGAGUCACUUACUGAUUAUGAGAAAUUAAUGAUUCUCGAGCUUUUCACACAAGCCAAGGACUUCAUCUCCAACUUGGUCACUGGUAAUAGACUAAUAGGGAUGAAGAUAUACUCAGGCUUAUUCAUGGUGGAGUCCAUGUUGCAGUGAACCAUGACCCUAUAUGCCUCGUGUAUUUUAAUGGUAUAUAUGACCAGAUGGUUGAGCUGAAACAAAUGAUUGAUCACACAUAUUCAGCUGUGAUGAGGACAUCCAAGAGUAGAUGGUCUGAACUGCCAACUGACAUUGGUGAGUCGAUAUUGAAAAAGUUUGUACCGCCCGUCUUCGACGACAUCCUUAUUUUCAAACACAUUCUUAGCUUUAGAGCUGUUUACCACACAUGGAGAACUGCUGCAAAAGCGUUUUGUUCGUACACUGGGUUUCCUCAAACUCCAUGGCUCUUGGUUCAUACUCGUUGCAAAUCGUCCAUUGUUGAUCCAGAACAGAAAAAGGUUUACGAGAUUCAAAAUGUAUAUGGCAAUCAUCAUCAUGAUUUUUCUGAUGUAAGGUGUAAGGGAUCAUCACAUGGUUGGAUGGUUGUCUUUCACAAGAACUGGGAUGUGAGAGAAUCUUUAGCAUAUGUUGUUAAUCCGAUUACUAGAGCUAGGACUGAAAUCCCAGGUAAGGCCACUCUUUCUGACUCUGAAUGGCAUUCAGUUGAAAUUACUAAAGUUGUUUUGUCCUCCAAUCCAUCUAGCAAUAACUUUUCUGUCAUAGUGGCAUAUUAUACACAAACAAGAUUUGUUACUGGAGCACUUGCAUUCUGCAAGUAUGGAGACACAUCUUGGAGUAAGCUGGACUAUCCACACAAGUAUAUCUUUCAUGACAUACUGUUUCACCAUGAUCACUUAUUCGCAUUGACCAAGAAACAGUCACUAUAUGUGUGGGAUUUCACAGAAUCCUACCUGAAAAUGAUCUUUAAUAUUGCUGACACCACUCCUCUGAGAUCAGUUGGUCGUAGCUAUUUGGUGGAGUCAAUGGGUGAAGUUCUACGUGUGGUCAGAGGUGGUGAGAAUACAAACAGUGCACACUUUCUGGUGGAAAAGCUGAAUGUGAAGGAUAAGAAGUGGGAGAAAGUGCAGAAUUUGGGUGACCAGAGUUUAUUUUUGUUUCAUGAUCAGUCAAUGUCUUUGCCCAAGACAUGUUUCUUAGGAUCUGAAGACAAUUCAAUCUACUUUCUACAAGGUGGAUGGCUUGCUAGAGGUGUGAUUAACAGAUACAAUCUUGAAACCACUGAGGUACGUAGGAUAAACUCAUUGUCUGACCUAAUUGGCAAAGAGUUAAGUUCUGAAGAGUUAGAAUUUCACUUUUUCCCACCUGUUUGGGUGGUUCCUAGUCUAUGAAGUGGAAUAGUACCUAAUAGUGUAUGAGUGGAUUGCUUCCUAAU